AUGGAGGAACUGCCCCCUGGCUUCCUCUCCCUCGGCCUCGGCCCCCGCCGGCACGCCGCCGACUUGGCUUUCCCUUUCCCCUCGAUGAGGCCGCCCCCCGCGCUACCCGACGUGCUCGUCGAGGACAUCCUGGUCCGCAUCCCGCCCCAAGACUCCGAGUGCCUCCUCCGCGCCGCCCUAGUCUGCAAGCGCUGGGCCCGCCUCCUCACCGACGAGGCCUUCCACCUCCGGUACGUGACGCGCCACGGCGGGACGACGACCACCAUGCUGGGCUUCUUCGGCAACCUCGUGGACACCUGCGGGUCCGACCGUUGCAACAGCUACCGCGUGCACGACGCCCGCGACGGCCGCGUCCUCCUCAACCGGAUCGCCGGCACCAUCGCCCGGGAGAACGAGCACCAGACCGCAGCCGCCCUCGCCGUGCGCAGCUGGAACGCCGCCGUGCUCGCCUGCUGCCGCCGCGGCCCCUUCCGCGUCGCCUUCGCCGGCAUCGACGCCAACGGGCUGUUCGCCCACGUCUACUCGUCCGAGUCCGACGCUUGGGGCGAGGCGGCCUCCGCUCCGCUCCCCGUCCCCGGCCCCGGCGACGCCGAGCGUCUCGAUGAGUUCCUGCUGCCCGUGCCCGGCGCUCAAGUCGGGUACGGAUUAUACUUCGUGCUGGGGAAGAAGGGCAGCGCGGUGCUGGAAUACGAUCCGGCCGCGCGAGCACUGGCCGUGAUUCCCCUGCCGGAGCUGCCCUACCGAGCCCUCAUUGCGCUGAUGGCCCUGGAGGGCGGCGGCGUGCUGGGGUUUGCGGAGGUGGACCUGCAGUCGACGCUCAGGCUCUGGGCAGCGGAGACUGAUCCUCCUGCUGCUGCUGCUCCUCCUGGGCAGCUGUGGGUGGUACGCAGGGCCAUCCAUCUCGCCACGCAGCUCCCUGCUCAUGUCUCCUCUGUCUACUAUGUGGUUGCCUCUGCCGAUGGCGCGGGCGUCGUCUUCCUGUGCACUACUGAUGGGCUCUACACUUUUGAUCUCAACUCUGGGCAGAGCACGAGGGUCAUGAGCAACCGCUUCUACGACAUUAUUCCCUACGUGACCUUCUACACUCCAGGUACCGAUGGUGUUGCGUUCGGGAACUGA